AUGGACGGCAAGAGACAUCCGAGCUCCUUCCAGCAGUUGGAGAAGCUAGGCGAAGGAACUUAUGCCACGGUUUUCAAAGGUCGCAAUCGCCAAACGGGAGAGCUCGUUGCUCUCAAGGAGAUCCACCUCGACUCGGAGGAAGGUACACCUUCAACAGCAAUCCGAGAAAUCUCCCUCAUGAAGGAGCUCAAGCACGAGAACAUCGUCGCACUCCACGACGUCAUCCAUACAGAGAACAAGCUAAUGCUGGUGUUUGAAUACAUGGACGGCGACCUCAAGAAGUACAUGGAUACACACGGCGAUAGAGGGGCCCUGAAGCCUCAUCAAAUCAAGUCAUUCAUGUACCAGCUCUUAAGGGGCAUCGAUUUCUGCCACCAGAAUAGGGUUCUGCACCGAGAUCUCAAGCCACAGAAUCUCCUCAUCAACGGCAAAGGGCAGCUGAAACUUGGCGACUUUGGCUUGGCUCGCGCGUUUGGCAUCCCUGUCAACACCUUCUCCAACGAGGUGGUGACGCUGUGGUACCGGGCACCAGAUGUGCUUCUGGGUAGCAGGACAUACAACACCAGCAUCGACAUAUGGUCUGCUGGCUGCAUCAUGGCAGAGAUGUACACUGGAAGGCCCUUGUUUCCCGGAACAACAAACGAGGAUCAAAUCAUCCGCAUUUUCCGCAUAAUGGGAACACCGACUGAGCGCACGUGGACCGGCAUCACACAGUUCCCUGAGUAUAAGCCGACAUUCCAGAUGUAUGCCACUCAGGAUCUACGCCAAAUUCUGCCACAAAUUGACCCAACUGGUAUCGACUUGCUUCAGAGAAUGCUUCAAUUGCGCCCCGAACUUCGCAUCAGCGCGCAUGAGGCGCUCAAACACCCCUGGUUCAACGACAUUGUGAUGCAGCAACAUCAGCAACAAGCCUUGCAGGCGCAAGCCAGAGCUUAUCCGGGCCAGGCUUCGUACGACGCGUACUGA